UACAACCAAAAAUACCUGAGAGGUAUUGCUUUGUGCCACAUCCACACCUUUCUGAAGAUGUUUCAGCUAAGAAUUCUCUGUGCACUGCUGUGCUUCAACAUCGCCUUGGCAACAGACACUGGAUCUUCCUUUCAAGAACUUGGAGGAGGAGUACGUGGCCCCAGAAUAGUAGAGCAUAAAGCUCAAUCUGACUGCAAACAAGAUAAGGAAUGGCCAAUAUGUGCUGAUGAGGACUGGGGCAUUAGAUGUCCCUCAGGUUGCAGGAUUCAGGGACUGAUAGAUGAAACAAAUCAUGAUUUUCAAAACAGGAUAGAAAAAAUUAAGAAAGUGCUCUUGGAUAAUCAAAAUAGCUACAAGUCAUCCAAUACUUUGAAACAAGAAAUUUUUAACUAUCUGGAAAGAUAUCUGCCCAGUGAACAAGAAUUAGAUAAGAACUAUGGACAAAUAACUGAUGAUCUAAGAAGGAGGUUGGUGACACUGAAACAGAGAGUUGCUGAUAAAGUACAAAGGAUUAAAACCUUGCAGAAUUCUAUCCAGAAUCAAGUUGGAGAGUUGAAACGUUUAGAAGUGGACAUUGAUAUUAAGAUACGUGCCUGCAAAGGAUCUUGUGCUCGCCUAUUCAAUUACAAUCUGGACACUGAGAGCUAUGGAAACUUACAGAAGCAGCUCGUACAAGUUAAUUCCAUUAACUUGGGAUCAGAAGAGGAAGUUCAUCCCCUGAAGGCACUGAAAAUAACACAAGUGAAAGAUUCUACUGCUUCUCAAUAUAAAUCUGGUUAUCUGACUGAACAAGAAAAAAAUUUACUUGACAGUAUAAAGGUGUUUAAGGUAGUAUUGGAAGAUUCUAAAGGAUCCUUAAUAGACACCAAGUAUGUUUCAGAAGUAGACACAGCUGGAAAACUAUCUACAAGCAGCAAGGCAAUAAUAAUACCUUCAGUUGGUGUUCAAACCAGCCGUACAUGUAUCAAAACCAUUACUAAAAAAGUCAUUCGUGGGCCUGAUGGUUUCAGGGAAGAGAUAGUUGAAGAAUUUAAAAGUCCUGAUGGUUCAGAUUGUUCUGAUUUGCGUGAUUUCAUUAAAGAAGCAGGAAGUUACCAUCAUGUCAGUAGUGGAGGCGGGGGAAGUGGCUCUCACGAUUUUGCUCCCCAACAUCCAGAUGCAGAUUCUGGAAGCAUAUCCUUUAACACAGAAUCGUUUAGCCACACAUCAAAAAUACAGGAAGGGGACACUUUAUCAGAAAUAGGGGAGGGAGAAUUUGAUGACUUCUCAAGAUUUGAACAUUCCUCACAUGGAGGUCAUUCUAAGACAAGUAGCACUUCGUCCCAUUCCAAGACAGUUAUAUCCAGUAGCAGUAGCACUAGUGCCUUCAACAAAGGGGAUUCCACCUUUGAGACCAAGUCAAGAAGAAUCCUUGAAUCAGAUCAUGAUGUAGAAGAAGUACAACAUGAUGAAAAUGCAGAGCAUAGUCCUGAUUUAGAAGAAGAAAACUUGAAUGCAGAAGAGAAGCUGGGGAAAGGCAACAUCGGGACAGACUGUGAGGAUAUCCACCAAAAACACACUUCUGGUGCCCAAAGUGGCAUUUUCAGAAUCACGCCAGCAGGAUCCGCUAAGGUUUUUUCAGUUUAUUGCGACCAAGAGACUACUUUGGGAGGAUGGCUUCUGAUCCAACAGAGAUUGGAUGGGUCAUUGAAUUUUAACCGGACCUGGGAAGACUACAAGAAAGGUUUCGGCAGCUUGGAUGUCAAAGGGAGGGGAGAGUUCUGGUUGGGCAAUGAAAAUCUCCAUAUCCUGACCCAGGAGGACACUGUCCUUCGGGUUGAAAUAGAAGACUGGGAGGGCAAUAAGGCUUAUGCGGAAUAUAAUAUACAUGUAGGUUCUGAAUCAGAAGGUUAUAGGCUCAGAGUCUCCGACUAUAAGGGGACAGCAGGGGAUGCUCUGAUCAAAGGAUCAGAGGAAGAUGGCAGUGAAUAUACAGCUCACACUAACAUGAAAUUUAGUACUUUUGACCAAGACAGUGAUCAGUGGGAAGAGAAUUGUGCUGAGGUAUAUGGAGGUGGCUGGUGGUAUAACAAUUGUCAAGCUGCUAAUCUCAAUGGGAUUUACUACUCAGGUGGUCAGUAUGAUCCAAGGGACAAUGUUCCUUACGAGAUUGAAAAUGGAGUGAUCUGGUUACCCUUCAGACCAUCAGAUUACUCUCUCAAAGUUACGCAAAUGAAAAUUCGGCCAGUAGAAACAGACUAGAUACCAGCCCUAAAAUCUAAAUCCAACUUCCAAAACAAUAUAUACCUCAAACUUACUAUGUGUGUAUGUGUGUGUGUGUUUGGUUUUUUUUACCAAAGUUUCUGAAUGCAACUGAGUAAUACCUACCUAUUAAACAAAAUAAACAGA